AUGGCGGCAAAAGUCCAAAUCCCCGGCCUCAACAGCGGUCUUACAGAUGCAGAUAUGGAAUGGAGCCGUCAGCUGUACAACGGCCUUCCCUCCGAUGAAGCCCAGCCCGAAGUUGAGCACCUUCUCCAACAGCUCGCCGAAAUUUUUGUCCGAAACAACGCCCACAAGGUUUUCGGCGUCCACUUGGUCCAUGGCCACCUCCAGAUCCCGGAAAAGAAAGUCCUGUUCGGAGACAGAACUGGCCCACGUUGCCGCUGGACAAAGCCUACCAAGAUGGACACAUUGAACCUCGACACCUUGCGAGGGCAUACUUUUAUUCUCACAGACAAGGGCUUCCAUCCGUACGAAUACCACUCCGGCAAACAUCCCGAAUUAGCCCAAAUCGAGGAUAACUUCGUUUCCGAGCUGGCCGACUUCCUCAGGACAAACCAACUAAGCAGAAUAAUUGCGCUUGAAGUUCUAGACAGCCCGUUGCCGGACACCAUGAUGGAGCUUGUCCUGGGAGGUUGUGGAACCAUGAUGAUGGAACCGGAACGCCUGAGAGGCUGCAGACCGUUCCGGCAAACUGGCUGGGCUUUCGUAGAAGAAAACGGCGAGCCACGUGUGUGUAAAGAUGGGAAGCAGCAUCAUGUCACAGGUCCCAACGGCCACAUCAUCAUCGUUGAACCGCCGAAAAACAAUGAGAUCGAGACUUGUUCAGAUGCUCUGCAUUUCUUGAGGGAGCAUGGCCUUCUCAACUAG